AUGAGAAUAGUUAUGCUGGGAUCACAUGCAGAUGUUAAAUCCUCCUGUGGAAACACAAUCUUUGGACGAGAGGUCUUUUCAGAGACGCCGUCCUCCCUGCAUUUGUUUGAGAAGCAUGAUGGGAUGGUGUUGGAGAUACGUGUGGUAGUCAUCAACACUCCUGACCUGUUCAAUCUUGCUCUCUCACCUGAAGAACAAGACCUGAAGAGACGCUUCCGUCUGAUUUGUGCUGAACCUCAUGCCCUGUUACUAGUCCUGAAGCCUGGUACAUUUACAGAGCAGGACAGAGAUGCUCUCAAGCUCAUUGACAUCAUUUUUGGUGCAGGAGCAUCUGAAUAUGUGAUUGUCAUCUUCAUGCAUAAGGAGCAGGAGUAUAUGAGUGUUAAAGUCUCUGGCUCUGAAUCAGUAAAGUCUCUACUGCAGAACAGAAGACUUCCACACCAUCAUUUACAGGAGAAUGGAGACCAAUCACAGGUGGAGAAACUUCUGAAGAGCAUCGAGAAGAUGGUGGAGGAAAAUGGAGGUCAUCACUUCAAGAUUUCUGAUGACCCAAGACCGUUCCUGAGAAUUUAUGUUAUUAAAAAAGUUUGCUUUGAUUGUAAUGAGAACAUUUGUGUUUGUGAAUUGACAGCAAUACUGAGCACCGAGAAGAGCUUGGAGUGUGUGAGAAUUGUCCUGAUUGGAAAAACUGGAGUGGGAAAGAGUGCAGCUGGAAACACCAUCCUGAAACGUGACAUUUUUGAGUCUCGAGCCAGAAUGAAGUCUGUGACCAAGACCUGCCAAAGAGAGCAUGGCAUGGUCUGUGGUCGACCCGUGACUGUGGUGGACACACCAGGACUAUUCGACACAACCCUCAGUAAUGAAGAGAUCCAGCAGGAAAUCAUGAGAUGCAUUGAACUCUCGGCUCCUGGAGCGCAUGCGUUUCUGCUGGUCAUCGCUGUUGGCUCGUUCACACAAGAAGAGAGAGAAACCCUUCAGCUCAUCAAGAUGACUUUCGGACAGAAAGCAGAGACCUACACUAUGGUGUUGUUCACACGAGGAGACAAUCUCACAGAUGAAAGCAUUGAAGACUACAUUAAAGAAGGAGAUCCACAUGUUCAGAAACUGAUAAAUGACUGUGGAGGAAGAUUUCAUGUGUUCAAUAAUAAACAGAAGGAUCCUGUUCAGGUCAUGAGUCUGUUUAAGAAGAUUGAUAAGAUGAUGUGGAAUAAUAACCCCAGUUUCUACAAUGACAAAAUGUUUCAGGAGGCUGAGAGAGCAUUCAGACUCAUGCAGAUCAAUAGAAGAGAAGAGGAGGUCAGAUGAGAAAUGGAGGCCAUAAAAGCCAAAUAUGAGUCUGAAAUCAAAAAAAUUCAAGACAAACUAGAAGAGGAAAAAGUUAAAGAUUUUCUGCUUGUUGAGAGAGAGAUCAGAAUGAGAGAAAACACAACGACAACAGACACUGAACACACACAAGAUCAAUGUGAAUGUGUUUCAGGAAUGACAGAUCUUGAAAGAGAGAUACCAGAAACAGGAAGAGAGUCUGAUAAAGAUCCUAAGAAACAUGCUAAAAUAUGGAGGGUGUUUGAAUCAUUAAAAAUAGGCAAAAAGCAAAGGAAAAAGACUGAAAGGACAGAAGAAUGUAAAAGAACAGAAACAGCAAUUGGUGAAGAGAACGUAGAAAUGAUACAAGAUACAGUCACAGAUCAACAGAUCAGUGAGGAUUUACCUAAAAACUCUGAAGAUGAGUGAGCCACAGAGAAAGAAGGUCGUCUUCUGCAUUAUAAGGAAAUAGAAGAAUGCAGGCAGAAGAUGGAUGAGGCUAUGAGGUGAUAUGUGUGCCAUAUCUGAAAGCAGAAAUGCUCAGAGCAUUGACAGCUGGGAGAAGGACCAUGGAAAACCCUGUGUACUUCAAAACAUACUAAUACAUUGUACUUUAAAUAAGAUACUGUAAAAUUAAACCGAGAUCUUUGAAUUCCCACAUUUUGGCCUGCAUGGCCCCCUCUAGAGACUGA